AUGAUGACGGUGGACGAUUCCGGGAUGUCCAGAGAGUUUCUGGGCCUCUCGCUGAACCAGCAAGGCCUAUCAGACCUGGACGAUGAGCCCCCACCGCCCAAGAUCACCAGUGAGGCCAUCAUAACCACGGAUAUUACGAAGAAGUUUAUCACAGCUUCUAAUACGCUCGAGCCGGGCGAGCUGGUCAAGGAUGGCUUCUUCACGCUGUUCGAGUCCGUCGGGGCCCUUGAGAUCAUGGACCCGAAGAUGGACAGUGGAUGCCUUGCAGCAGGCGAGUCUCUGGACGACGACUACGAUGUGACACGCCCACUGCUCCCGAAAGAGGUGCUGGGUAUCAUCGACCAACUUCUUUGCCAUGAGGUCGCGUGGCAUUUGGGGUAUCCCUUGUCCCAGACCCUUUUCACCAGCGUCUAUCUAGAGGCCAUCAUGAUGCCGCAGCCUGUUGUGAUUCAGGAGGCUCACUUCACCCGCAACGCCGAGGACUUUGUCCAUAAGGACCCGAUGCUCUCGGUCCUCAGGGCAUACUGCCUGGGUCUGCUAAAGGCAUGUUGGUACGUGAACGAGCGUAUCAAGUUUGAGCACUACUACGAGGAGGAGGACUUUGUCACAAAUACUUACCAUCGCUCCCUCCUUGAUAACAUCGACAGGGAGGAGAUAAGGGAUGUGUUGCAGGAGGCCCGUCGCCUCCUCCGCAGCCACCAGCAUGACAUAGGACAGGAGAUUGUAGAAGCAUUAGACUUCCGUCUGGAGCUGAGAUAUGCAUUCCUGCGUGCGAUAGAGCUCUCUGAGCUGAGGAGCCACCCAGAGUCCUUAAAGACACCAUGGAUCCAGAUGAAGUCCAUCCUGGAGCCCAUUAACAGGUCUCAUCAUCUCGGCACACCUGUCGCCGAAUGCUUCAGCGCAAAACUUCAGCGGCGGCUGGCCAGCACGAUGCCACCCCGGCCGAUUGUCCAGCUCAGCUUUGAGGACACAUACUCGAAUCUCAAGCGCCUGUUCGUAGACGGCAUUGAGGUCACUGAUGUCCUCAAGUAUUCAGAUUCACAAAGCCUGCUGAACUUUGUUUUAUCUUUCCAGGCCAAGAAGCCGCAGCCGCUGGUAUACAUCCGCACGCUGUUGCAAAACUACCUCUUCAAAGAUAUGAUUUUGCUAGGCUGCCUCAGCAUCCGUCAGGUAUUCGAUGACGACCUGUCCAUCGUCGUCCUCCCCUGCAGCAGGCUCCUCGAUCCUGCUAAUGACAAGGUCGAGAGCCCCAACGACCCGCGCUUUGCGAUCGCCCACCAGAUGGAGAUCUUCCGGCAGCGGGCGGCCCAGUCAUACCUAGACGUGUUCCGCGCGUUCUGCCAGAAUCGCUGCCGCGUGCGGCGCACCCUGUGCCACGCCAUCCAGGACUGGGAGGCGGUGCAGGCCGAUGCCGAGGAGCUGGACCAGCUGCUACAGGUGGCGCUGGACGAGAAGCCGAUGCUGUACCAGCCGUUCGGGUCUGGCGCGGCCAGCCCGACCUUCUCGUUGCCGCUGUCGAGCUGGGCGUACUUGUACAAGCUGCGGCUUAUGGAGUGGAUCGUGCAGCUCGGCUUCGAGCUUGAGGUCUACCAGCCGGACGAGCUGGGCGGCAUGUACUGGUACCUUAGCUACCUCGCGCGCACGCGGGCCGCGCACGCCGAGCGCAUCAAGGCCUUCGCGGUGCGCACGCUCAACGACCUGCGGGCGAGGCCGUCGUCCUUCACGGCCAGCCAGGAGGCGCAGGUGACGCGGUCGCUGUCGUACCUGCGCGCAACGAUCCUCGACGCCGCCGUGACGUGGGAGCUGGCCGACGCGCUGGCCUCGGUGUACACGCUGGUCUACGACCGGCUCGGGCUGGCCUCGCCGCCGCCGCGCCCGUACUCGUCCGACUCCCUGCGCUACGAGAUCCGCAUGCGGCCCUUCCUGCCCGUCGAGCUUCCCGAGCUGCCCACUUUUGCCGACUUUGCCCACUCGGCCCGACAGCCCGACAAGGGCGACCGCGCGCUGCUGGAGCAGGCCGAGGCCGCCGUCACCGGCGCCAAGAAGGGCUACGAGCUCCUGACCAAGUUCGACGAGAAGGAGGCCUUCGCCGCCGGCGAGGGCACCUACGGCCGCUGGCUCGCCGGCACGAGGAACGGUUUCAAGAGCGUUAUUCAGGCCGGCCUGGCCACCACGGCGCUGAGGAAGGUCUUCGACGCACGCGACAGGGGCGAGGACAUCGAAGCCCCUGUUGAGAUCCUGGGCCCGGACAAGGGGUACCACGAAUGGUGGAUUGUGCCCAAGAUCACGGUGAAGAGCGGUGCUGCUGCGAAGGGGUCCGCAGCGUGA